CGCCAGCGACGGACACGAAAAGCGCGUGCAGGCAUUCCGUAUUUGGUCGGCCACCAAAGCAAAACAUCGAAGCUGAUGGUCGACAUAGCAGAAUUUGCGAUUGACCGCGAUGACGGAGACACCUGCGUUCAUGUUGCAGCAUUCGAAGGCCGCCUGAGCGAGCUCGCGGAACUUCUCGAGUCCCGUCCUGGUGAACGGGACCGACGAGUGCGACCGUACGGCGCUACACCCCUUCGUCUUGCUGUUACUGGUGGUCACAGCGCCGUGGUACGUUAUCUUGUGAAGCAUGAUGCACAAGUGGAUCUACCCGAUAUCAAGGCACAGACACCCCUCUUUGUUGCCAUUCGGAAAGAGUUCUCGAGUUGUGUCAAGGUACUUCUUGAAGCCGGAGCAAAUCCGAAUGGGUAUGAUGGGAAUCGAAGCACUCCACUGCUCUGUGCAGCACAAAAUGGAUACUUGGAUGGUGUCAAGCUGUUGUUGGCAAGUGGUGCUGAAACUGAGAUCGAGCACCGGCUUCUAGGCUGCACACCGGGGCUUCCCCUUCAUAUCAGUGCCACCUACCACCAUUUUCUUUGCUACAGCUGCCUGCUUCUCAAUGGUGCGGAGCCAGACCUGCGUCACAUGUCUGGUUCUGUGCCUUCAUUCGUGCACGCGCAGGUCUCCUUAGCUCAUGUUCUGGUGAGGCAUCGCUGCCCAAGUCGCUUUGGAGUCCUUUUUAUCGAGUUCGGAGGCCACCUUUGGCAGCGUGAUGUCCGUGGACAGUUGGCCACACAACUGCCCCAGGACGGCCCCUGCAAGCUGCUCUUCCAGCAGCUGAUAAACAAGCCACGAUCACUACAGUCCAUGUGCAGAGUUGCCGUACGAAGAGCUGUAGGAAGGAAGAGGCUCAAGUACCUCAACACAUUGCCCGUCCCUGUGAAUAUGUACAGGUUUCUUAUGUACAUGGACUUGAUUCCUAAUUCAAGCGAGCUGAUAGCCGUCCACAAAUGAACUAAGACCCGCCAAUAAAUCGUUUCCAUGCC